AUGGAGUUCGAGGAUGUUGUGAUCGACGAAGGCACCAGCGUGGAGUGCCAGGGAGUUAAGAACGAAGAAGACACCGCGUGGCAUUUGGCUGACAGCGUGGAGUUCAAGGAUGCUAAGUUCGAGGACAGCACCGCGUGGCAUUUGGCUGACAGCGUGGAGUGCCAGGGAGCCAAGAACGAAGAAGACACCGUGUGGCAUUCGGCUGACAGCAUGGAGUGCGAGGGAACGAAGCUCGAAUGGUAUUCUGCUGGCAGCGUGGAGUUCAAGGAUGCUAAGUUCGAGGACAGCACCGCGUGGCAUUUGGCUGACAGCGUGGAGUGCGAGGGUACCAAUAUCGAAGAAGGCACCGUGCUGCCUUCGCCGAGGGAAUCCCGAAAGCGAUGCCUCACAGUCAAGUCGGAGGAUGAUGUGCAAGAAGUUGAGCUAGCCAGGCGGGAAGGCGAUCGAUCGACUUCCACUGCCUCUGCGGGGUCCGUUGCAACUUUGUGCAAUGCAGACGCUGCAGCGACCUGUCUGGAGUCGGCACGGCCGAUCCUGACCAUCGGGAGCCUGAAGGUGAAGCUCGCGAACCCGCCCAACCCGCGCAAGCGGCCUCGCUUUCUGCCUCCAGGAGUUGGGCUCUCCUUCAAAGGCCGCAGCCCCUGCGAUGCGUUGCAGCAACUCCUCGACAGAUACAAAGGCAUUGGUGCGGUGAAGGAUGACGACUGGUAUUACAUCACGCACGCAGUCGCCCCUGCAAGUGUUAGAUUGACACUGGUGACUCCUUUGGUCUACAACUGGCGCUUUGAAGGUGAGGUUUGCGACGAGGAGAUGGCGGCGAAGAAAUCUGCAGCCACUGCUUUCACCCAGGAUAAGCGAAUCUUGGAAAUGGCAGAGUGGUUAGCCCCGGCCAUGAGUGUUCUGAGGGAUCAGAUUUUCGAGGAGUGGCAAGGCCUGCGUGGUAGGGGGGUUGCCCAGUAUGCCAGGAACUCCCCUGCCGUCACAGCAGAAUCCACUCGCCGCUACAACGCGCUGAGGGAGACAGGCGUGCGCUGCGCGCUGUGGGAUGGCAACCUUUGA